AUGGGCAAAUACCCUCAGAUGUUGGCCUCCGUCUCCCUAAACUUGAAGAAUUUUAUGGUGGUGGCGAUUGAUCUUUCUGAAAAUGGUUUCACUGGGAGCAUUCCUGAAAAUUUUGGCAGUUUGCAAGGUUUAAUUUAUCUUAAUUUUCAUGGAAAUAGACUUGGAAAUGGAGAUCUCGGUGAUCUGAGUUUUCUAUCUUCCUUGGCUAAUUGUUCAAAUCUUAAUAAAAUACUCCUAUUAGGAAAUCGCUUUGGAGGACAAUUGCCUAACUCAAUAGGCAACCUUUCAACUCAGUUGAAAUCACUUUCAUUGUCAUUCAAUCUGAUUCAUGGAAAUAUCCCUGUUGAAAUUGGAAACCUUGUUAACUUAAAGCUCCUAGAAUUCGCAGAAAACUAUUUGAGUGGUUUUGUUCCUGAUGUUAUCGGCAGGCUCAAUAAUCUAGAAGCGUUGUUUAUGAGUGCAAACAAUUUUUCUGGUUCUAUCUCACUAUCCCUGGGUAAUUUGACUAAAUUAUUUGCCCUGAAUAUGGGAAAAAAUAAUUUUCAAGGAAGCAUACCACCGAGUCUUGGAAAUUGCCAAAAGUUGCAAAUACUGGAUUUAUCUAGUAACAGGCUAAGUGGCUUCAUACCCGAACAAGUUAUCAGUCUUUCUUCCCUUUCAAUUUAUUUUAGAAUGUCUGAUAAUUUUUUGACUGGUUCACUGCCACUUCAAGUGAGUAAUUUGAAAAAUCUUGCAGAGUUGGAUAUAUCCAAUAACAGAUUAUCUGGUGAAAUUCCUACAAGUCUUGAUAGUUGUACUAGUUUAGUGGUUCUGUAUUUGGCAAAUAAUAUGUUUGAAGGGGCUAUUCCUCGAUCUUUCAAAAGUUUAAGAGGUUUAGAGAAAUUAGAUCUUUCAUCCAAUAACUUAUCUGGCCAAAUUCCUGAAUUUUUUAGUCAACUUUCAUCUCUCAAGUAUCUCAAUCUUUCAUAUAAUAAACUUGAAGGUGAAGUACCCAAGAAAGGGAUAUUUGCAAAUGCAAGUGUCAAUAUUUCAGUUAUUGGAAAUGGCAAGCUUUGUGGUGGUGUUCCAAAAUUGCUCCUACCUUCAUGCUCGACGAAAGUUUCUAGAAGGCAUAUUAACAAAAAGGUAGUAAUCUCAACAACAAUAGGUGUCACAGGUGCAAUUCUGUUGUUGAUUUCUUUUGUUACAUAUUACAAAAUGAAAUCUUCACAGCCAACUUCCACCACAUCUUCAAUUGACAGUCAAUUACGUUUAUCCUACUUUGACAUUUUAAGAUCAACUGACAACUUUUCUAAUGAAAAUUUGCUUGGUGUGGGUAGUUUUGGUUCUGUCUACAAAGGUACUCUUUCUGGUGAUGGAAAAAUUGUUGCAAUUAAAGUAUUAAAACUUGAACAUCAAAGAGCCUUGAAGAGUUUCAUUGAUGAAUGUAAUGCUUUGAAAACCAUUCGACAUCGGAAUAUCCUUAAGAUCAUUACUGUUUGCUCAAGUGUUGAUCAUGAAGGCAAUGACUUUAAAUGUUUUAUCUUUGAGUUCAUGCCUAAUGGAAGUUUGGAUAAGUGGCUACAUUCCGUUCCCAAUGAGCAACUUGGUAGAAUCAAGAAGUUAAGUUUUAUGCGGAGAUUAAAUGUAGCAAUUGAUGUUGCUUCUGCUUUUGAUUAUCUCCAUAACCAUUGUGAGAUACCAAUUGUUCAUUGUGAUCUUAAGCCGAGCAAUGUGCUACUUGAUGAAGAUAUGACAGCCCAUGUUGGUGACUUUGGAUUGUCCAAGUUCCUUUUUGAAUCUUCAAAUAAUGUGUUAACAUCAGCUAGUCUAAGAGGUUCUUUUGGUUACAUUCCUCCAGAGUAUGUGGAUGGUCAUGUCUCUAGACUUGGAGACAUAUACAGCUACGGAAUAUUGUUGUUAGAGAUGUUUACAGGUAAAAGACCUACAGAUGAACUGUUUAAAGAUGACUUAAACAUUCAUAAGUUCGUUUCAAUGGCUUUUCCAAACCAUGUUAUGGAUAUUGUUGACCCAUCACUGCUCUUUGAAGAAGAAAAUGAAGAUGAUAGAAUGGAAGAAGCGAUAGUGCGAAACUUUGAAUCUCAAAGGAAUAAUAAAAAGAAAAUGGAAGAAUUCUUGCUUCCAGUGCUGAGGAUCGGACUCACAUGUGCCGCAACAUCGCCAGGAGAGCGAAUGAAGAUGAAUGAUGUGGUCAACAAUCUAAAAACCAUACGAGACUCAUUUCUCAAGUCUAAGGAUAGAAACAGGGGAAGGAGGUAAAUUCAUUACAUAUCUCUCCUAUUCCAAACAUUGGUGCACUUUUUAUAUAUUCCAGUGGCCUUCAAUGGUUGUUUUGAAGCUAGUGUGGUUUAAUUUCUU